CAGCCGCCCUUUGCAUGGUGGAACUGAUGACAUGAUGCUAGAUUUUUUUCUAUGCUUUGCAUAAUUUUUCUGUCCAUAGUCUGUUUUUUUUUUUUGUUUGGUUUGUUGUUACCUGGUUUUUGGCUCGCCCGGUAGAUUUUUCCGCGUAGUUUAAACACUGAUGAUGACGAGCGUUCGGUGGUUAGUUGCGUUUUGCGUGCGUCACGGAUUGGAUGUUCUGUUGGAUUACGGCGUCGGCUUUAGAUAGUUCUAAAGUGGAACAGUUUGAUGGUUACAUGUGUUUUGGAGAAAGCGAAGAGAAAGUUAGCCAAAUUUUGUGGGGUUUUUGAACGGUGUCACAACAGUUCGAGUGGCAAGUUGGGGCUGUUUCAUUCGAGGCCAAAAUUUGGCUGCCACAUUUGAAGCGUCGGUUUUCGACUAGUGAAGGUGGCGAUUGCUGGGACUGAGAUAACAUGAAGAUUGUGUUUUCUGUGAGAAAUUGUUAUUAUUAGAAUAAAUAUAACGGUGAACAUUUUUGCUUAUUUUAUGAGUGAAAAGGAUAUAGCAUUUGGUACGCUAGCGAAAAUGGCUCGCCUUCGGAGUUCAUUGUUCCCCUGGUCGAUUGCCGUGUUUGCGCUGGCCGUUGUGGCGGCCACCAGUUCGAUGCACAUUCCGGAAGACAUGGAAAUUCUAGAGGGUUACGACUUGGUGUCUGCUGGUACGGAGAUUAAUCCGGAGGAUGAUUUUUACGAACAGCGCAGUCUACUGGAGCCGUUCUUUUAUCGGGCGAUUCGUGACAAGCGGGAAAUCCCCUAUCGGGUUUUGGAAUCUCCUGGGUUGAAGAGUCACUUCAGACAGCACUACGAGAAUGAUUGGCUCGAGAAACAGAAGUAUCAGGCUAAAAGAAGAAAUCGACGCAGUAUUGAGGUGGAAAGUUCUAGCACUACGGAGGGACCGAAGUCUACCGAUGAGCUACCGAAAGCGGAGAAGCAGACCUUGCAUCAGCGAACCAUAGAGGCAUGGGCGAAAACUCCGUACCAGAUCAAGCAGCCGACCGAGGAAGAGUUGGACUCGGAAGCGGAAGCUUCUAUGAUGAGCGAAGGUAUCAAAACCCGCGCCCCGAGGGUGAACUUUAUCACGCAGAAAAAAUCUUUGGCGGAUUCGUCGGAAACCCGCGAGGACAAAGAUAAGAUCAUCCCCGAGAUAUACCGCAAACCACUGGCCAGGUUGUACUACGAGUAUCCGACUUUUCCAAGAUUAUACGAUUCGUUUCCAGCGCAUUCACAGUCGCCGAUGUAUCCAAAGAUUUACAACAAAUACGAUGAAUACCACCGGGAUAUGAUGGAUCGUAUGCAUCCACCAGCUCCGCACCGUUUUGACACGUACUACCAGCGUAGAUACGACAGCGAUUAUGACACCUACUUUCCGCGGUACACUUUCCCCAGCUAUAACUAUUAUCCGGACAAGCGAUUUGACGUGCCUUCUUACUACCGCGAUCGUAACUAUCUGUUGACAAACGAUGUCAUGGACAUUCCGCCAGUUCCACCGCAGGUUCACAAAUACCCCUCACGAAAACGUCGUAUCAUCUACUAUGCCACCCUUCCGGAGAUUGUCCGAACUCCUCCGAACGUGGAUUUGCGCUACCGUAAUUACAACAAAUUCAACAAUCGUUUCGAUCCCUUCUACCCGACCAAGGCACCGUUGAGUUCGUACAAAGUUUCUACCUCGAAGUACGAUGAUCGAAACUCAGGUGACCGCAAGGACGACAAAUACGUGAGCUCUACUCCGAUUAAAAUUAUACGAGAGAUUGCUGCCCAGCAAGAGUCACCUGGAACCGGAAGUUCUUCAGCCAUUCGUCGGCAGUAUUCGAUGAACGGAGGACUUGGUGCCAGUAGUGGUAGAACAGCCGGUGGUUAUCAGGACGGCAGUCACCAUGAGCAGGAUCGAUCUUACUUCGGUAGACAUCAUUAGUUUGGGAUAGAUUAUAAGAUAGUGGUACUUCAAAGUAUGAAGUUGUGUGCGUGUGAAUGUAGCGGAAUCUAGUUAGGCUCUAGGCGGGUAGGUUUAGCAAUACAGCGUUGUAGAUGCUUGUGCUUUGAAGGAAACUGCAAUAAAUAAUAUUUUUAGUGUAAUCUUUUAACAAUUUGGAUGAAAAGUCUUUGGUUUUGGUAAAAUUCGGUUUUUAUUAUUCCAUUCCAAAAUCCUGUUCGGUUUUUUGGAAUAAAUGAGGCCAUUUAACGGAAAGCACUGUUUUGAUAUUGGAAAAUGUCGGAACAUAUCAGAGUACUCACUUUACUUUAAAUUCUAUGACUUGUUACAUACUUACAUGUAUUUCGGUUUCUAAUUGAUGCUUUUUACACUAACGUAGAAUGAUAAGAAAGAAGUGAAAAAAUCUACAGUAGAUCACCACUGCAGCAAAUUGCUAAACGAUUGAUCUGUUCGGAAAUGAUAAACUCGAGAGUCACUUCGUUCUGAUUAGGUAAGAUUAGGGGCCAAAUCAGUCCGAUACAGCCAGCAAAAAGCACACCCUCGUUCAACUGUCGUCAAUCAAUAUAGGAUAGAAAAAAAAACUGCCCUCUUCCCUCGUAUUGCAUCCGACCGUAGUUUCGGAUGUCGUUUUUUAUUUUAUCUAUUCGCAUAUAUCACAGCCGGGAAAUCAACUCCGGCAGUCGGUCCCUGUCCCGGAAAACACUCAAAUGUAUCACAAUUUCCCAUGUUUUACUGGUUGUCGGUCGAGUCCAACAAGUGCCCCUC